AUGCUGCCGGGGGUUUCUUCCGAGCACCGGGCGCCGUCGUGGAGCUGGGCGGGAGCCAAGUCUGGCGCUGAGUUAUCCUGGCCCACCCAAUUCUACCGGGGCCCCUACACGUAUGCGGCAAAGGUUGUCAGCGUCGAGGUCCGUAGCAAACCCGGUGACGACUUUGGCAGCGUAGAAGGCGGCGAGCUAGUCUUGGAAGCCCCUUAUCGCCACCUCCACCUCUGGCUCGGCAGCUACUCGGGUGGUUUAUCAAGCCCUGCAAGUCUGGUGUUGAGGGCGCUGACACGGCUGGGGCGGCUGCCGCGUACGAGAAAGCUAGCACAGAUCGUCCUCACUAGACCGGAUUUCCUCGCCUCGACGUCCAGCAGUCGCUCCGUGACAGUAUCGAGCAGCAGCACCAGGUUCACACUUGUCCAGAUUGCAAAGACGGAUAAAGUGCUCUAUCUCCUCAUCUUACAGCCGCUGGCGGCAGAACACGAUCGCAGCGGGCCGCAACACCGUUACCGUCGAGUCGGAUUGCUGGGGCUUCAGCCCUACCAGUAUGACGACGACAAGUAUGUGGGCGAGGAGAUGACAGAUCGCCUGGAGGGUGCGGCAUAUCGUGAAGUCACGCGAGGGGAGUGGCCCAGGGACAGCUUUGUGAUAGUCUGA